UUGACUGUUCAACUGCCCCACAUUCUUUUCAUAUUCCAUUUUUCUCUUGUGAAAAAUAAAAAAAUGUCUUCCGCUGGAAUCACCGUCACUGGCGACGGCGCAUCUCUGUACUUCUGCCACAAAUGCAGCAACACCGUCACCAUCAUCACUUCUCCGACCGGCGAUCUCCUCUGUCCUACUUGCAACUCUGACUUCGUAGAAGAAUACGAAGAACCGGAUCCCGACCCAGAUCCAUACCCGAACUUUCCCGACCCGGUUUACUCCUUGUUCAGCACUUUAUUCAAUCCUUCUCGCUCUACCACUGCUUCUCUUGACUCCCAAAACCCUAGGAUUCACUCCUCAGCCCAAAACCCUAGGGACGAGAUCCUCGGGUCGGGUGGUUUCGACCCGAUUGGCUAUCUUAUGACCCAUUUAGCGUCUCGGAGGGCUAGUGGUAUCAACUUCGAGUUCGUGAUUGAAGGGGGUAAUGUGGGUAGCGGUUUAGGGUUACCGGCGAACAUAGGGGACUAUUUUAUUGGGCCACAUUUUGAAGAAUUGAUCCAACAAUUAGCGGAAAAUGACCCGAACCGCUAUGGAACCCCACCCGCAUCGAAAUCAGCUGUUGAGGGGCUGCCCAGUAUUAAAGUUAAUGAGGAAUUGCUUCAAUCCGAGCUGGCACAGUGUGCUGUGUGUAAGGAUGAUUUUGAGCUAGGGUUAGAUGUGAAACAGCUGCCAUGUAAGCAUGUUUAUCAUGAGGGUUGUAUUCUCCCGUGGCUUGAGUUGCAUAAUUCAUGCCCUGUUUGUCGAUACGAGUUGCCAACAGAUGAUCCUGAUUAUGAGAAUAGGGGAAGAAGGGAUAAUUCUGGUGGUGGGGAGUCGAGUGGUGGGGGAGGCAGUGGUGGUUCGGAUUCUGGAGGAAGUGGUGGGGCAAUAGGAGGGAGAAGAUUUACUACUAUAGCGUUGCAAUGGCCUUGGGGGAACUUUGAAGGAUCAGAGUCUCGUGGUGGACAGCAGAACAGGGAGUCGAAUUAGGUUAAAGGUUACUUGGCUUCCUUGCUCGCAGCGUGUAUCAUGCAUGGCAAAGUUGGAGGAGUUUGUGGGUAGAUAACAAGAAACUGCUAAAGCCCUACAAAGCUAAAGGGUUUGAUUUCAUCUCUUAACAUAGAUACAGGGUUUACAUAAUUUUAGAUAGUAAUACAAGGUUUUUGUCUGAACAAUUUGUGUCAGAGAUGUCCAAAGUUCUCUUUUGUGCUCCAUCAAUCGUGAAAAUUUGUGGAUUGCGUUGAUCUCAAAUCUUUGUUUUGAUUGAUCUCUGUGCUGCUAGUUGAUGAAUUUCUUUGCUACAUAUAUUUUAUUCAUCAUAGGCCUAUGAUUCUAGUGGAAGGAGGAGUAGGUUCGUUAUGUUUUUGUGGAUUUGACAUUCAGAUGCAUAGGGCUUAAUAUCAUUAAUGCUAUGCGCCUGAAUUGAAUCUUGUCA